AGAUGUCAUGGAGUACUUAUUCACUGAAUACUUAUUCACUGAAACUGAUGAAACAUGGCAUCAAUUCAUCGUCUGGAGCGGUGUUUGAAAAAUUCGGACAGCGAAGGUCUUAAAGUAAGAUCUGAGUGGUAACAGGUCGAAGUGCCAUUUCUUUUCAACUAUUACUUUUGAGAGGCCGAACGAUGCGGUGCUCGAGGAGUGUUUGGAUAUUGGUAUUAUGUCUGUUGCAAAUUGCUGCUAUUUCGCUCUUUAUUUUGGGAUUCUUCUCGGAACAAGUGCAUCCAUUGGAUUCCGAAAACAAUGAGCAAAGUGUAAACAACUUUCUCGACGGAUGUCCUCAUAAUAGCAUGUUGAAGAAAACAUUAAAGAAGCAGAUAGUGGCAAAAAUAGUGAUAAUAUUAAUCGAUGCUUGGCAAGAGCAGUUUUUCUAUCACCGAAAAGCCAUGCAGUUUUUACGUCAACUAACAAACAAUGGCCAAGCUGUAGCCUUCAUCGGGCAUGUACAAACGCCUACCGUAACAAUGCCAAGGAUUAAGGCAGUAACGGCUGGUGUAGUACCUUCAUUUGCCGAUGUGGUAAUGAAUUUUGCAUCCACUUCCAUAUCAAGCGAUAACAUCAUUGAUCGAUUUAUUGAUAAAGGUUACAAAUGCACAUUUUGUGGUGACGAAACAUGGCUGCGAUUAUUUCCUAGUCAUUUCGAUAAUCAUUCAGGAGGGGUCACGUCAUUCUACGUCAAUGAUUUCAAAGAAGUUGACGAUAAUGUGACGCUCUGUAUGCGUUCACGACUUGAGAAAAGUGCCGUCGAAACGUGGGAUGUGAUGAUUCUGCAUUACUUGGGACUUGAUCAUAUAGGACAUUCUCUGGGUGGUACACACAGCGAGUUGGAUAGUAAGCUUAUUGAAAUGGAUUCCGUUAUCAAAGAAAUCUACGAAAAGCUUCACAAGGUAUACGGUACGAACUUUUCCAUAAUUGUAUUUGGUGAUCAUGGAAUGACGGAAGGUGGAAGUCAUGGUGGUUCCUCAGAAUUAGAAACUCAUGUACCCAUUGUCUAUGUUGAUGGAAGGGAACGACGUGCUAGCAACGAGACGUUGUAUGUAGCAUCGGUUGAACAGGUCGAUAUUGUUCCAACACUGGCAACUCUUCUCCGAGUGCCAAUUCCGAAAGAAAAUCUUGGUGUUACACUUUCACCAUAUAUUGCUACUGAUCAGUCAAAUCUUUCAGUAUUACUGUUCAUACUGCAAAACGCCGAACAAUUUCGAAGAUUGGACGGAGCAUCAGAUGAGCUAAACUACUGUAUCAGUCGUUCUUAUGAAACUUUGCAAAAACACUGUACAACGAAUAUUUCCUUAAAUGUUGACGAAUUGAUUGCGGGAUGUUUGCUGAAAUUAUACAAAGUUCAAUCACAACUUAUACGUAGGAAGACGGAUUUCAAUAUUAUACAGAUAAUGAUUGCUAUUGGUCUCUCUUUCACUUUAUUACAUUCUGCUGCAUUGUUUGCGUCAAGUUUGAUAGAAGAAGAGCAUGAUUUACAGAUUCGUUCGCAUAAUCCAGCGAAACUUCAAAAGAUGAUAGUAAUAUCAUUUUUAUUAAUAAUUCAUCGUUUAUGUCGAGGUUACACAGAAUCAAAUCGGCGACGUUGGAUUCUGGAAAAAAGUAUUAGUCGAAGCAACAAAACUGGUUUGCUGAAUUAUUACGAGAUUUUAACGAGCAUUGGUGGUUCCAGCGAUAUACUGGAUCUUGCAUCUUUGCUGGUGAUAUUUUUUGUGGUAUUUCUGUUGGAUAUAUUUUUGUUGCUAUUACUUCGAGAUUUACCUCUAAGCUUAAUUGUCUGGGCAGUAUUUAUCAUGCGAACAUAUAAUCUACCACUUGCUGUCCUACAAUUGUUUCUGGGAUACUGUUUGGCAUGGAUUGAUGCGACACCAUUCUUGGGUAAUUCGAAUAGUCUUUCAACGAUCGACGUUGCGGCUGGAUUUGUUGGCGUGGAAACCUAUCAACCGAUACGGAUUGCUAUGCAACUUGUGCUUAGUACUUAUUCUGGACCAUUGUUAACAGUAUUUGAAGCGGAAUGCAUUGCUUUGCUGGAUAUGGUUUGUGUUACAGUUGAACAUGUCAUUGUGUUUAUUAUCUCUAUAUAUUCAACGUUAUCACCUCUUCGUUUGGUCUGUUUUUGCUCCAAAAUUCCUGUAUGA